AUGGGCGACGUGUUCGUCAAGCGUAUUCGAAUAGAUUACGAUAUCGUCAAGAUAAGCCACGCAAUAUACGUCCAAAAUAUCACUGAGGGCCUUGUUGAUAUAAGAUUGGAAAGUCGCAGGGGCAGGAACAUUAGUGUCAAGAAUCAAAUCACGCUGUACGGAUCGCGUCAAGCAGAGGGUUUUUUAUAUGCGUGUCCGCCAGGCGUUACAUCGAUGUUAAGGGCGACCCUAAACUCGGCUCCCGUCGCGGAAUGGAAGGAUGCCAAAGGUCAUUGGCUACAGACCUUCGGCACGGAGGCCACAAAGCAUACCAAAGAGAUGGGGUCCAUAGCUCCAAGGUUGGACGAUUUCAACCGCCAGAGCCAUGCCUCUCCUGACGAAGCGGCCGUAUUAGACACGAUCGAAGAACUCGAGCAGCUGGACUCCCAGCUGGCCCAGCGAGAGAGCGAGCUAGACGAACGCGAGCGCCACCUCAACCAACGACAAGAGCAGCUGGACGAGCGUGCCACCCUCGUCGAUGAACGCGUCAGCAAGCUCCAGGACAAUCUCCAACGUCUGGCAGACGGAAGGAACCGACUGACAGAAGCAUGGGGCAACUUUCGCACCGAGGAAGCCGCGCUCGCCGCUCAGAGGCAAGAGCUACAGCGUGAGCGUCAACGAACGGAGCGUCCAACCCAAGUCGACAGAACGGACGCCGAUUAUGACGAUCCUCUCGCCGAAUCCGCACGACGGCUCGACGCCUUAUUCGAGGAGGGUUUUGAGCCGCCUCCUAGGACCUUGCGGACAUCAGCAAUGCCACGAGGACCACGUGGUGCAGGGUUGGGUGCGCUCGGGGGCAGGAUCCGCCGCUCAAAUUUGACGAGAGAUAGGUUCAAUUUCGUCCGCGAGGCAGACACCCCACGCUUCACCUAUGACGCGGACGGAAAUCGAGUGCGCAGAGAGCAACCGCCCGCAGCACACUUGGGGGAGGAAACCCGCUCCGCCCGUGAUACUGGCGAUCUUCCAUGGGACGGCAGACCCCGUUCGUCCUCAUGGCAAAACGGUAGCGCAGGUCGCUACACUGAGGGUGACGACCGCCCAGCGCGACUAAGAGCUGGCGACGUUAUGUUGUUUGACCCGGCAGAGACGGACGUAAUGGCGUUCAUCAGUCGCCUAGAGUUCAUCGCCACUCAAGAGGGGGAAGAUGCGGUGCUCCGCGUGUUUCCGCUGUGUUUGAAAGUAAUCCUUAAUCUCCAAUCUCGGCGGUGUUUCGUUAUCAUCAUCCAUAUCAUCUACGGGUCGAUUUUGCGGCGGUUCUGCGGCGAUAUCCGGGAUAAUAUUGCCAUCGCCACUCAGAAGACUCUGAGUGAAGUGCUGAGUCAGAUUAUUAAACUGUACCACAUUUCCAACCCUCUUGGAAGCAAAGAUCACAUUGAAGAAAAUUGA